AUGUCCGCCUCGCUCUCGCCCGAGCAGUAUAGCUCUCACCAGUCGCAGAGCCCUGGCGACCACCACUCCGAGGGCAAGAGUCCCUCGGGAAUGAACCUCGACUUUUUAAAAAAUCUAAACGACAAGCGUUCCAACCGGGAUGGUCAAGCCCCGAAGCGCCGAGGCCCUAAGCCCGACAGCAAGCCAGCUUUGACUCGCCGACAGGAACUCAACCGCCAGGCUCAACGUACCCAUCGCGAGCGCAAAGAACUAUACAUCAAGGCCCUCGAGGACGAGCUUCUCCGACUAAAAGAAGUCUACAGCUCCGUCUCGCGCGAUCGCGAGAAGCUCGCUGAGGAAAACCGCCUGCUCAAGGACACACUGGUUCGGAAUGGCAUCAACGUACCCGGCCCUAGUAACGGACGUGAUGACAACAACAACAAUCCUAGCGCCGGCUCAACAGGCUUCGGUGGCGGCUCCCAAGGCCCAUUCUCGCCGCGGCAAACUCCACCGCACGGCUCGGCUCCAUCCGCUGGAGGCAACUACAACACUCCAUCACAAUUUCGCGGUAAUCAAUUCAGCUCAUCUCCCCCACAACACAUCCCAGCGACUCGCCUGGACGUUGAACAGGCCGGGAUCGACUUUGUCUUGGCUUUAGAGAAGCCUUGCAUGGCUCACUUGCCGUUCCUCAUGGAUAGAGCAGAUGGUCCAGAAGGAGAACCAUGUGGCCACGCUCUAAUGGCAACAUGCCCCCCGGCCCCGUUCAAGGACAUUCCGCAAUCGACGCCCUUUGCCAGCACGGAUGGUACCAUCAUCAAGACGGAGGACGUUCCAAGCCAGGGAACAUGGCAGGUAACCAAGGCCGAUCUAUCCACUCUCAUGAACUUGAGUAAGCGCCUUGAUCUCGAUGGCGAGAUCACGCCCGUCAUGGCCUGGGGCAUGCUUAUGAGCCACCCCCAGUUUGCGGCGCUUUCGGCGGUUAAUAUCCAGCGCAUCGCCGAGGACCUUGGCCGCAAGGUCAGAUGCUAUGGAUUUGGCGCCGUCAUGGAAGAUUUCGAGUUGCGAGACGCUUUUGAGAGCGUGUGCUCCAACCAGUUGGAGCAAAUGGCGUUCUAA